GUACACGUCAUUGGAAAAGGAAACGAAACUGAAACGACAUGUCUGAAGUUGUUGGCCAACAUGAUAUUAAUCAAAGCUAUUGUUUCAAAUGGAAUGAUUAUGAAAACCAUUUAUCUGAUGUAGUUAGACAACUCUUGGAGGAAGAUUGUAUGGUGGAUGUUAUAUUGGCUGCUGCCGGAGAACGUAUUCAUGCUCAUCGUAUAGUUCUCUGCGCUUGUAGCACUUUGUUUCGAGAGGUUUUAAGUCAAGUGAACGAGGAUCAUCCGACAAUAAUAUUGAGUGAUAUCUCGGCGCAAGAUAUCAAAUCCAUUAUAGAAUUUAUUUAUUAUGGCGAAGUACGAGUUCCAGUCGAGAAUAUUAGUAGUUUACUGGACGCUGCACGUUCUUUAAAAAUUUGCGGUCUUGUUGAGAUCGAUGGGCUAGACGAGAACGAUUCGGUUGUGAGUGCAAAAGAUUUCAACGAUAAUAACGAAGAGCCGAUGACUGUAAUUGGCGAGACAGAGGAAAAUGUCAUUAAUGCAUUGCAGCAUGGCUAUGAAGAUUUAGAGGAUCAACAGGAACAGAAACUUUCUGAGAAUUCCUCUUUGAAUAAAAGAAAGAAACGCAGGCGUGAUACAACAAAACGAGAUUAUAGCGAUGAUAUGUUAGCGUCGGCAAUCGACGAUUUAAAGUCAGGGCAAACGUUAAUAGAAGCUUCGACUAAACACAAUAUACCACGUUCUACAUUGUAUAUGCGUGCUAAAUCAUUAGGAAUACAUUUAAAUGCAUCUAGAAAUGAAUAUCCAGCAGAGUGUAUGAAAGCUGCUAUAAAUGCUGUACUAGGAGGUUCAAGUUUGCAACACGCGUCAGAAAUGUUUAGUAUACCAAAAACUGUAUUAUGGAGAAGAAUUCAAAAAGAGGGUUACCACAUACUGCGCUCGGAAAUGAAACGGUCUUACGGUUCUGACAAACGGGAGGCUGCGGUCAAAGCUUUAGAAAGAGGAGAGAAUUUAACGAAAGUUGCACUUGAAUUCAAAAUUCCAAAGACCACUUUAUUUAGGGAUAAAGCUCGGUUAGUCGACGAGGGAAAACUGCCAUUAUCAUUUUGGAAGAAACGCAAAACGGAAAAUGAAGAGUUAAAAAAAUCACGGUUGGAGGAGGCUGUCGCCGCUUGUAAAGGCGGGAAAAUGUCGCAAGCGGCAGCAUCGAUGACUUACCGUAUUCCUAAAACAACAAUAUGGAGACGCCUUCAACAAGACGGCAAAAAGUCAGAACGUUUAACGAAUUCGAGAAAGCAACGAAUAACGGAUUCUAAACACAACAUAGAUGUUAAAGCCCAAGAAGGAUCCGAUUUCACGUAUUGCGAGGUUUCGUCAGAAAUUCCUAUAACUUACAUAGACGAAAAUAGUAUACCUGAAGAUUCUGUGAUAAUAUUAACGGCAGAAGAUAUGGAUGGAUUGAACUUGGAAGAAGGACGACAAAUAAUUGUUAACUCAGAAUCAGUAGAAGAAUAUGUUCCUUGUACAAUAAGCAUCGAAGAAAAUUCGAAUUAUUCGCAAACCGAAAGUUAGCACAUUAGUUCUAAUUGUAUAUCUAAAAGUCAUUAAUAUUCUUUUUGUACAUACAACAACACUAUACUAAUAUUGAAUGUCAGUAACAAUUGUUAAUAAAAGGAGUGAAGCAGAUCAGUGUCCAUGACUAAACAUGAUCGAGUCUCGCCAGAGGAGAGCAUACUAUUAAUUUUAGAUCCGAUUAGGCGGUUUUGAGACUAUAUACGGGCCACUAUGAUUAUACCUUUUGUUUUUUAGUUAUUUUGAUACAUAGGCGUUAUUUAUAACAAAUUUUUUAAAUGUUUUAUAUAAACCUUAAGAAGAAUUAAGUU